AAACAGAGACAGAGAGCGAGAGAGAGAGGGAGAGAGAGAGAAAGAGAGGGAGAGAGAGCGACGGCGGAGAUGACAGAGACAAAGGCAAGGCGACUGAAGGGCCACAACGCCACCGCCACGUGCUGCGUGGCCUCACGUGACAGGCCUGGCCUCGUCCUCACCACCGGCGAGGAUGGUUCCGUUUGCUGGUUUGACAUGCGAUGCAAAGACGUCGUUCGCACUCUAGAAGUUGGGAACGAACCAUUAUCAUCCAUUUGCUUCAAGUCUGGAAAUGAGAAUGUCAUUUAUGUUUCCUCUGGAAAGGAAGUCAAGAGCUUUGAUGUCCAUCUGGCCAAUGCAUUUAAGCCGUUGGAGAGUUAUGUAUAUAAUAAGGAGGAGAUAAAUCAGAUUGCGUUGAACUACAAGUCUUCUUUUCUUGCUGCUGCAGAUGAUGGUGGUGAUGUUAAGAUCAUAGACAUUAGUCAAAAAUGUCUCUAUAAAACAUUGAGAGCUGGCCAUACAAGUAUUUGCAGCAGCGUGCAAUUCCUUCCAUGGAGACCCUGGGAAGUUAUUAGUGGAGGGCUUGAUUCUAAACUUGUGAUGUGGGACUUCUCCAAAGGCCGUCCACACAAAAUUGUGGAUUUUGCUCUGCAUGAUAACAAUGGUGGCAGCACAGGACAGUGUUUUAAUCCUGCUUACAUUCAUGCACUUGCGGUUCCAGAUAUUGAUAUGUUAGACAAAUCAGGCAAGAUUUGUACUGUCGCAAGGGGUGAUGGAUCUGUCGAUGUUAUCGAUGUUGAAUCUGAACUUGCUGUCAUCAAGUCAAAAACUUCUACAGGAUCCCAAAGAGGAUCUCAGAAUAGAUCCAAAAACAGAAGCAGAACUAAUGACACAGAAAACUCAGAACAAAAUGGAAGAAAAAGGAUACAUUUGGAUUACUCUUUUGGGGGUCACACUGCUGCAGUGUCUUGCGUGGCAUUUUCACUAUUUGGUGAAAGAGGAAAAUUCAUAAUUUCAGGGGGAAAUGACAAGUCAGUAAAGGUAUGGGAUUGGUCCCGAUAUCUUGAUACAGAAGGAACUAGCAGCGGGACUAAUGUUUUACAAUUGAACAUCAAUCUGAGCAAAAAGGUCAAUUGGCUCUGCACCACUCCAACUGAAUCAGAAAACCUCGUUGUAUGCGACACAACGAAAGUGGUGAAGGUCUAUUCUAUGAUGCAAUCUGGGAUUCCUCUCUGCAGCACUUGUGGUGAGCAAGUGGGGCUUGAUGCCAAUGGAGAAGUCUUUGUGGCUUGUCACGAGUGCAAUUUCCCCAUUUGCAAGGAUUGUUUGAAUUAUGAGAUCAACGAGGGGCGCAAAGUUUGCCUGCGUUGUAGCACGCCCUAUGGCGAGGAUUCACUGGCGGAUCACGGCGAAACAAAUAUAUCUGAAACUGGAUCCACCAUGGCAUCUCACCUCAAUGAACCAAAGGAUGUGGGACUUCAUGCUAGACAUAUCAGCAGUGUGUCUACAGUGGAUAGUGAAAUGAAUGAUGAGUCCGGGAAUCCAAUUUGGAAGAAUAGAGUAGAGAGUUGGAAGGAUAAAAAGAACAAGAAGAAAAAGGCUGCGACUAAGGCGGAGAAAGAGGAGGUUCAAGUCCCACCUGAGCAACAGAUGGAAGGGCAACAACAGUCUCCAGAUGGUGCACAACCAUUUUCAACUCUCAUUCCACUUUCUAAAAGCAAACUCACACCCUACAGAGUUGUGAUAAUCAUGAGAUUGAUCAUUCUGGUUCUCUUCUUCCAUUACCGAGUAACUCAUCCGGUUGAUAGUGCUUAUGGUCUAUGGAUGACCUCUGUGAUUUGUGAGAUCUGGUUUGCCUAUUCCUGGAUCUUGGACCAGUUUCCCAAAUGGUCUCCAGUUAGUAGGGAAACAUACAUUGACAGGCUUUCUGCAAGGUAUGAAAGAGAGGGUGAACCAUCAGAGCUAGCUGCUGUAGAUUUCUUCGUGAGUACAGUCGAUCCAAUGAAAGAACCGCCAUUGAUCACGGCCAACACAGUGCUUUCCAUCCUUGCAGUGGACUAUCCAGUUGAUAAGGUCUCCUGCUAUGUGUCUGAUGAUGGUGCUGCCAUGCUUACUUUCGAAUCCUUAGUUGAAACAGCUGAUUUUGCAAGGAAGUGGGUUCCAUUCUGCAAGAAAUUCGCAAUUGAACCACGUGCUCCUGAGUUCUACUUCUCACAGAAGAUUGACUACCUGAAGGAUAAAAUUCAGCCUUCUUUUGUGAAGGAACGCCGAGCAAUGAAAAGAGAUUAUGAAGAGUUCAAAGUGAGAAUUAAUGCUUUAGUGGCAAAAGCUCAGAAAACACCUGAAGAAGGCUGGACCAUGCAAGAUGGAACAUCUUGGCCCGGGAAUAAUACGCGUGAUCACCCUGGCAUGAUUCAGGUUUUUCUUGGAAACACUGGUGCCCAUGACAUAGACGGAUACGAAAUUCCCCGUCUGGUCUAUGUCUCCAGAGAAAAGAGACCCGGUUACCCACACCACAAGAAAGCUGGUGCUGAAAAUGCUCUGGUUAGAGUAUCUGCGGUUCUUACAAAUGCGCCAUUCAUACUUAACCUUGACUGUGACCACUAUGUUAACAACAGCCAGGCCAUUCGUGAGGCUAUGUGUUUCUUGAUGGACCCUCAAGUGGGCCCAGGUGUCUGCUAUGUGCAGUUCCCUCAGAGGUUUGAUGGGAUUGACCGCAGUGAUCGAUAUGCCAAUCGUAACACUGUUUUCUUCGAUGUUAACAUGAGAGGACUUGAUGGUAUACAAGGACCGGUUUAUGUGGGGACUGGGACCGUCUUCAAUAGGCAAGCACUUUAUGGAUAUAGUCCUGCAUCUUUGCCAGCCUUACCAAAGCCUUCCUCAUCCUGCUCAUGGUGUGGCUGCUGCUCAUGUUGCUGCCCGACCAAGAAGCCAUCUAAAGACCCCUCAGAACUUUAUCGAGAUGCUAAACGCGAUGAACUUGAUGCCGCCAUAUUCAACCUCAGGGAAAUCGAUAAUUAUGAUGAGCAUGAGAGAUCCAUGCUCAUCUCCCAACUGAGCUUUGAGAAAACCUUUGGAUUAUCAUCUGUAUUCAUCGAGUCUACAUUAAUGGAUAACGGUGGAGUGCCCGAAUCUAUUAACCCCUCUGCAUUGAUCAAGGAGGCAAUUCAUGUCAUUAGUUGUGGUUAUGAAGAAAAAACAGCAUGGGGAAAAGAAAUUGGUUGGAUAUAUGGCUCAGUCACAGAGGACAUCCUAACAGGUUUCAAGAUGCACUGCCGUGGAUGGAGGUCAAUUUACUGCAUGCCCUUAAGGCCUGCAUUCAAAGGGUCAGCACCAAUCAACUUGUCUGAUAGGCUUCACCAAGUUCUUCGAUGGGCGCUCGGAUCUGUUGAGAUCUUCUUCAGCAGGCACUGCCCCCUUUGGUAUGGCUUUGCAGGAGGUCGCCUCAGGUGGCUGCAGCGCUUGGCUUACAUCAACACCAUUGUUUAUCCUUUCACAUCCUUCCCUCUCAUUGCUUAUUGUGCAUUGCCAGCAAUUUGCCUUCUCACAGGCAAAUUUAUCAUUCCAACGCUUUCAAACCUGGCAAGUCUUCUGUUCCUUUGCCUCUUCUUCUCCAUCAUUGUCACCAGCAUUCUCGAGCUGCGGUGGAGCGGAGUCACCAUCGAGGAGUUCUGGCGUAACGAGCAGUUCUGGGUGAUCGGAGGCGUUUCAGCCCAUCUCUUCGCCGUCUUCCAAGGCUUCCUCAAGAUGUUGGCAGGACUUGACACCAACUUCACAGUCACUGCAAAGGCCGCUGACGAUUCGGAGUUUGGGGACCUCUACAUCAUCAAGUGGACCACACUUUUGAUCCCUCCAACGACCCUUCUCAUUAUCAACUUGGUUGGUGUGGUUGCAGGAUUCUCUGACGCUCUAAACAAAGGAUAUGAAGCUUGGGGUCCACUGUUUGGCAAGGUUUUCUUUGCCUUUUGGGUGAUUCUUCAUCUCUACCCGUUCCUUAAGGGUCUCAUGGGUCGCCAAAACAAGACUCCCACCAUUGUUGUGCUUUGGUCAGUGCUUUUGGCAUCUGUCUUCUCUCUUGUUUGGGUCAAGAUUAACCCGUUUGUGAGCAAAGUGGACAGCAACACCAUUGCCCAGAGCUGCAUUUCUAUAGAUUGUUAAGGUUACUACGUGAAAGUUGCGCUGUAUGAUGAAAUUUUUUUUACCAUUCACUAGUGGGAAUCGGAGGUUUUACUGUAAUAUCGGGUUCAGUUAGCAUAGAAGAAUU